UUAGAUAUUUAAGCCAUCAAUCAAUCAUCCUUAAUCCUCCUACAUAUAUAUAACCCACUCCUCCCCCUAGAUUCAACACCACACAUUCAUUUCGUAAUUUACCCUCUUUCGUCCUAAACCCUUCCAAACAUAUUCCAACACAGCUAUUAUAACCAAAUUAAUUAAUUAAUAUUGCAAAUUAGCAACUAAUUUUAUUCAAUGGAUUCGUCUAAUUCAACACACUCAGCCAUCACCACCCUCCAUCCUGACAUAAUCCAAUCCCACAUCCUCACUCGACUCGACGGCACAACUCUCUCUUCCGCCGCCUCCACCGGCUCUCACCUCCGCCGUCUCUGCACCGAACACCAUAUCUGGCAAAAAAUCUCCACCGCCACAUGGCCGUCUCUCCAAGACCCUCUUCUCACACCCCUCAUAUUUACUUUCCCCGCCACCUACCGUUCCAUUUUCUCAGACUCAUUCCCCACCGUUCACUACUCCUCUCUUUCUUCCUCAACAAAAUCCACACCGUCACUUCCGAAAGAACUAAUCUCAGCCGUUGAUAUUUACUACAAGGACAAAUCCGUAUUUUCCAAACUCAUCCGCACGGAAACCUAUAAAGGAUGGUUUCUAUCUUCCCCUUUAUGGAUCGAACUUCUCGACCCGAACGAAAUAAUUCACACACACGUAAAAUUCGAACAAAACGACGUCGUCGAGUGGCUCGAAGAAAAUUUAAGCUUAAGUUGGAUAAUGAUCGAACCAACACGUAAGCGUUCGGUUAACCUAUCUAGCCGGUUACCGGUAACCGUGAGACGUCACUGGCUAACGGGUGAACUUGAGGUUUUAUACGGUGUAAGUAUGGGAUUGGUGCAGUGCAUUAUAAAGGUCACGUGCUGUGGGAAAGCUGGGGGAGAGAUGCACGUGAGGGAGGUGAGUCUUACUAUAGAUGAUAUGGAUGGAAGGCAUGUGAUUGGGAGGGAUAGUAUGGUAAUUUUGCAAGGAGCGAUGGAAAAUGGUGAGAGGAAAAAAGUGGAUGUUGAAAAAUUGAAGGAGAGUUUUGCGGAAUUCUGUGUGUUGAAGAGAGAGAGAAGAGAGGGGCAAAUGAGGAGAGAGAAGGCGAUGGAUAUGGUUGUUAUGAUAGUCACUAUUGUCAUUUUCGGUUUGCUCUUUCGAUUUGGGAGGUUUUGGGCUUGACCCAAAUCAACUUCAUUGGGCUUUUUUUUGGGAUUUAUUUUUACUUGUACAUGUAGGGGUUGAAAUAGGAAGAAAAAAUCGUACAAAAGUUGAGGGAAAAAAAAAAGAAGGAAGUGGAGAUUUGUAAGAGAAUGGGGGAACAGCAAAUAGAUCAGAACAAUACACAUAUGUCUAGUAAAUUCAGGUUAAUUAAUUCAUUUCUUCUUCUGACUAUACAUGAAUAAGCAAAGAGUAAUGCUAUACAGCGAAAGAGACAUUGUGUACAAAUUGACGUGGGAUUUUUAGUUUUUCAACAAAAUUAUGGUGACUCAUAAUAAUUUUAUAACCAUUA